GAUGCACGUUGUGGGCCAAGCAAAGUUUGCUGAGCUUGUAUUAAACCGCAAGCAGUCCACCCUGUGUGAUAUCCUGCGCGUGGCUGGCAGCACGUGGCCAGACCAGCGUGGCUAUAUAUGGAACGAAGUUCUAGACUUUCUCAACUCCCCAGAAAAGAAAAAAAACCUUUUGGACACGAUUAAAAAGAGUCCCAAAAGAGUGGCAGAUGAGUCGGAAACUGGCUCACAAAAACCGCCAAAACAGAGAAGAACUUUUAAAGACUUCGAGCUGGCCAGCCUCGACAGCCUGUUCGUUGUGUAUCAGGGAAGGCCGCCCUCGGAAAUGAUUAAAAGAACGGCCACGUUUUUAAACUUCAACGUGUCAGAGGUCUCCGUUUGGCUUCAAAACCAUCGGAAUCGUGCAAAAACCGGCCAGKACAAGCYAGGACAAUACAAACCAAACGAGUCGAAUGAAGGGCAUUGAAUUGUACAUUGUAGUAUAUUUUACCAAUA